AUGCUAAACAAGUCAUGCAAUCCAGAAGAUUACCUUCUCGUGACAAAUCCCAUAUACCUCGUGAUAAUCAUCACUAUUGUUCUGUAUAGUUUCUCCAUGCGAACUGUAUUUAUCAUAUUCGAGGUAGAACACGUUUUGAAGACGUUCACAGUGCGAUCGGCGUGUGACAUAUAUCAUACUGGUGUACUUUGUGCCUGCGUUCGGAUGACUAUUCAUUUCUUCUCAGUAUCAUUAGUUAUACUACAAGUUGGAUUAUGUAUUGAACGCACCAUUGCCACUGUUUGUUCGGGUCGAUACGAAAAAACCGGGCCCAUAUUCGGUGUUGCAUACUGUCUGCUGACCGUUAUUGUGGCUCUCACAGCUGCCAUUCUGAUUAAUUACCAAUCUGUCUCUGAAACUUAUAUAUCCUGUCUUAACAACAGUCACGUUAAUCGAGAGCGAGUCGACGUGACCAACUACAUACUGACGGGAGGCAACUGUGUGGCAUUGGUUUGGGUUACUAUUAUCUACGGGAAAAACAAGUUGUAUUUAAAGAAGAUAGAUUUGGGAUUAUCAAAUCGUUAUCAGAUUCGAGAAAACGUUUCCAGUAGUCGAAUGACUAUUGUCGUCGGUUUCACGCAACUGCUUUUCUUCACAACUCAUCUGGCCAUAAAUAUGAGCCGACGAACCCAGUUUACCACAAUGGACACUGUGCUCUAUAGGACUCUGGAGAGUAUUGGUUAUCUUCUCACUUACUAUUCACUUAUACUUCCUAUCGUUAUGUAUGUAUAUAUUAAGCGAGAUCUCCAUAAUAAGAUCGCUUCAUUUCAAAACAACAUAAAUCAAAGCUCUUCCAAAGGAGUUGAAGGCAGUAAUCUCUAUUUUGGCAUGUAUGAAAAACACUGGUGA